CAAGCAACGUGCACUAGCGGCGAGAUCGUGGCCUCUUGGCACGCCAGCCGAACGUUCAUCGUGGCAGCAACGACGUCAUCCAACUCAAGGCACGACGGCAUGGCCUCGACCUCCCUACAUGGAGAUGCACAUGAUCACAACGGUAGCCUCGGCGACGCCCACGGUGUGAACUGCUCCAUCUUUCGCUCUGCGACAACCAGAGCCAAACGCGAAACGCGCCGGCGGACACACAAGUCGCUGAAGCGCAUCGGCGCCAUCGAUGGGAGGAAGUGCAAGCAUGCACAGAUUGGCAGCUUGCAACGACUAGGGCAGCAAUCAGGGUUUCCGAUGGACAUAACGUCAUGGACUUGGUCCAGAGCGGUGCCUAUCUUGCUCAGUUGGAAGAUCGGCCCCACUGCACAACACGUGAUGCUCGAAGCACACCAAAUGGACCCUAUGCCAACACCUGGGGACCCACCUGUCAAAUGCUGCGCCAACUUGCUCGCCUGGAUUCCUCACUCUCAAAAGAAAGGAAAAGACCUGCUUGCCUAUUUUGUCUUUUUAAGGGCUCUGCCUGGCCUCUUAUUCUUUUGUGAUGGCAUGCAGAGGAGAUAUACACUUGGGGGCUGCGCUCACAUGCCACACGACCCCCAACAUGAUAGUGUCCAACACACGGAGGAGAACUUGCUGGCCUAUUUUGUCAUUUUCCUUUUGUUUUUUUGUGGUGGCAUGCAAAGAAGAUAUACACUUUAGGGUUGUGCUCAUGUGUGGCGCGGACCCCAACAUGACAGUGUCCAAUACAUGGAAGAGAAGCUAUUGCGGCCCACACUUGCAAAGCUAACAACCCUUUCUUGGAAACUUCCUUUACUCUUUUUGUUUGGAAUUAUACUAUGAGAGUUUUUGUCUUCUUUGAAGGAAACGAUGAGAGUUAUGAACAAAUGGACAAGCAUACUUGCACCAUCCCUUCCUUCACCCUUUCUUCUUUUCUUUAUUUCUUUCUUUACGCUUCUCUUUCCAACAACCAACACCAAGAAAAGUUGUUGACUCCUGAUAUUAGUCAAGGUAACAAU